AAUACAAGAUGGCGGAGAGUGCGGAACUGAAGCAAAUGGUGAUGAGCCUGCGGGUGUCGGAGCUACAGGUGCUGCUGGGCUAUGCUGGGCGCAACAAGCACGGACGCAAACACGAGCUGCUGACCAAGGCGCUGUAUCUGCUGAAGGCCGGCUGCAGCCCCGCCGUGCACAUGAAGAUCAAAGAGCUCUACAGACGACGCUUUCCUGCCAAAAUGGUGUCCCACUCAGAGCUGGCCCUGCCUGGACCGCACCACCCUGCCACAGCUGGAAUGGUUGGUGGAGGGGGCGCCGCGCUGCCCGCCGGCCUGACACAGCUGGCUUAUGAGGGUCAUGCCGGUCACGGUGGAGCCCCGUCACCCGCUGCCCUGCUGCCCCUCUCACUGCUCGGCCCAGGGAAACAUGAGCUGACUGGGCUGACGCAUCAUCUACCGGCCUCAGCCACACUGCACCCGGUCCAUCCAGAUGUCAAGCUCCAGAGGCUCCCCUUCUAUGACAUGCUGGACGAGCUCAUCAAGCCCACGAGUCUAGCUUCAGACAACAGCCAGCGGUUUCAGGAGACAUGUUUCGCCUUCGCAUUAACACCACAGCAAGUCCAGCAGAUCAGCAGCUCAAUGGACAUCUCGGGGACCAAAUGUGAUUUCUCAGUUCAAGUUCAGUUGCGGUUUUGCCUGUCGGAGACGAGCUGUCCUCAGGAAGACCACUUUCCACCCAAUCUCUGUGUGAAAGUCAACGGGAAGCCAUGUAACCUGCCGGGUUAUCUUCCUCCAACCAAAAACGGUGUAGAGCCCAAGCGGCCCAGCCGGGCCAUCAACAUUACCUCAUUGGUCAGAUUGUCCACCACUGUCCCCAAUACCAUCGUGGUGUCAUGGACCGCGGAAAUCGGAAGGAGUUACUCCAUGGCAGUUUACCUGGUGAAGCAGCAGUCGUCCACAGCGUUGUUGCAGAGACUACGGGCGAAAGGCAUCAGAAACCCAGACCACUCCAGAGCGCUCAUCAAAGAGAAGCUAACAGCCGACCCAGACAGUGAAAUAGCCACGACCAGCCUUCGAGUGUCGCUGCUCUGCCCGCUGGGGAAGAUGCGGCUGAUGAUCCCAUGCCGGGCGCUGACAUGCUCCCACCUGCAGUGCUUUGACGCCACACUCUACAUCCAGAUGAACGAGAAGAAGCCAACCUGGGUUUGUCCUGUGUGCGACAAGAAGGCUCCAUAUGAACACCUCAUCAUCGACGGGCUUUUCGUGGAGAUCCUCAACAGCUGCUUGGACUGUGAUGAGAUCCAGUUUAAAGAGGAUGGCAGCUGGGCCCCCAUGAGGUCAAAGAAGGAAGUGCAGGAGGUGUCGUCUGGUUCUUACAACAACGGGGUGGAUGGCUCAUGCCGGACGUCCUCGGGAUCAGAUCAGCGGAGCUCCUCGUCAUCCAGCCACGGCGACAGCGGCAGCAACUGCAAGAAAGUGGAGGUGAUCGAUUUGACACUGGACAGCUCCUCAGAUGAGGAAGAGCAGGAUUCAUCGCCGCCGCCACCUCCGCCCCCUCCAGCCAAAAGACCGUGUCCCUCCAUGUCUCCGACCUCGCCGCCCAUCAUCAACAAAGGAGUGUUAAACCUGCACCACCAGGCCUCUCCUGUGAGCUGCACCCCCACUAUGCCAGCGAUGGACACGAGCUACAUCCCUCCUGUACCCCCACUUAUCCAGGAUUACAGACCCUACUACCACCAACCCAACGACCUCUCAGAGUUGAACUUCUUCUCUUUUCUUCAAGGGGACAAUCAUCAGCAUUACAACAUGGUGAUGGCAGCAGCAGCCGCCGCUUCAGCCUCGGACGACCAUGAGCUGCUUCUCAACCGCUUCCUGCCCUACAGCACCACCUCCUCCUCCGCCUCCCAGCUGUUCCUCGACCAGUCGGGAGCCCCGUCGGCCACCUCGCUGACCGCGCCGACCAACGGGGCGAGCAGCUCGGGCAGCAGCAGCAGCCUGGUGUCGUCCAGCAGCCUCCGCGACACUCACUCGACGCACUCGUCUUCACACUCGGGCUCGCACUCCUCACACACACACCCCGGAGUGGUGGCCGGUCGUAGCAGCGCUGAAGCAGCAGUGGCAGCUAUUUACGGCGGAAUACCCGACGUUAUAUCGUUGGACUGACUGAAAAAGAGUCAAGGACACACGUUGGGUCCGGCUACGAUCCAGUAACAAACCACAUCACAAACAGUUCGACUGCAGGGUGACGUUUUGAUCCAGAAACUAGACUGGACCCCCGAGUCAUUAAACUCCGAGUGUUAGUGGAGUCGUGAUGACAAGGCUGCCUGAAGAAGAGCACUAAUGUAAUGAGUGGGUGAUCUGGGGGUUCCCUUCACGACACUGACCUGAGGACAGGACUGAGUUCAUCAGUGACAAUGUGUCGGGGAACUGACCUCAGAGCAGAAACCGUCACACUGUUGCCGUGGUAUCAACCUGGCACAAGCAGCAAAGACGCUACCUGAGCAAAACCACAAAGGAGGAGGACGGCUCUUUUUUACGAAAGCGAGGAGCGGCACCGUGUACAGAGAACAAAAUAUAUUUUCCUCUUUUACUUUUGUAUGUUAAAUCUGAACAUUGACAGUCGAGUGGGCUGCUUCUGUCGCCAUUUUAAAGAAGAGGACUUUUUCACAAAGCUUAUACAUAUGCCUGUUGCCAUGUGAUUUUGUUUUCCUCCUCUUUUGUCUCUAUCCCGUUUGCAUUUCUCCAUUUUUAACUUCAAGUCUCUUCCUCUCAAACUCAUUUUUAAACUGUUUUGUUUCGAUGACAAGAACUUUUCAGAGGCUGAAUUUACAGUUUAUUCAUAUACUAAUAAUUUUAUUACGCUUUUAAGUUAUGUAUGAUAUUUAAACAGUUUAUGCACAUAUAUAUAUAUAUACGUAUAUAUAUAUAUAUAUAUAUAUAUGUGUUUGUGUGCAUUCCCUUUGACCUUCAGGUUAAUGCUGUGGGGAGUGUGUAGGUGGAAAUUAGCCAUUUCUGGUUAUUCACUUCUUGAUUUCCAGUUCCUGAAAAAGACUCAGCAAACAGAGACUUUAAGACUAUUUAUAUUUACCAGUUACGAUUUUGAGCUGGAACUUUCUUUUGCAAUUUAUUUAAAUUUUUUGCCAAAAUGCCAAAAAAAUAAUACACGGUACCUAUGAACAGUGAUCACAAUAAUCAGAGUGCAGUUGCAUCUGUCUGUUGCCACAGUGUUUUCAGUCGAGUGUCCAGCUGGUGGUUGUCCAGACACGUUUAACUUCGUCCUUUUUGUCUCUCGUCUUCUAGUUUUGUGGUUUUUUUGCUGAACUGUUAAGAAGUAAUUAGGACAGACGUCAGUGUGUUGUAGCAGCGUCGGGCCUUUUGAAGAGACAGGCUUUCCCUGACAUGUGCCACAGCUUCACUGGAGCAGGUGACCCAGUUCAAACUAGUGCCUGUUUGUGCGCACGCUGCUCCACGGCGUGUUCGGAGUAGUGUUUUCAGAAGAAUGUCUCAUAUGGUCACCCACCACAACCGAGGCCCCAUCUCUGUCUGAACAAAAACUUGAGCUGCGAUUGAUUUCUGACUCUUGAAUUAUUUUUUGGGGAAAAAGCAAAGAAUGAGUGUAAGCAGGAUGUUGGUGCCAGAGUGAAAGCGGCUGAUCUUAGCAUAUCAACGUAGACUGUGCACAGAGCCCGUUGGUUUAAAAAUACAUGACCUGUCUGGAGCCUGAAUCACCCCGGGAGAUAAGUCAGUGUACGAUGUGGAAGUGUCAAAGCGAGGUGAAGGUUUUCAGGAUUCCUCCCCGUUGUUGCCAUUCAGCUGAAAAUGUCGGGUUUGCUCACGAAUGUAUUGUACGAUUUUAAGAGUCGACUCACUUUUGUUCCUGCUUUCAUUACAGUUAUUAUAGACCCACUGUGGUCUGGUCACAUGACUGGUGACGUGCAGUUAGACCUGGAACACCUCCCAUAUCGUCGGCCCCCCCUCCCCCUCCACCUCCACCUCCUCCUGCCUGUGCGUCCUUGAAACUUUCCCAGAGUCCUGUCUUAUCAGCCUCUCCUCAAUCUCCCACUCGCGGACGUCCGAGACAGGCAGCUCACGUCAAAGCCUAAUUAUCCCGACCACAAUAACUUAAUCACCUCUGACAGCAGCCCCCGUGACCUGACGUCCCCUGUCCCGUCCUAACUCAGCGCUGUAGACGACCUAGCAUUACCUCCAGCUCUUCCCUCCCUCGCUCCCUCCCUCACUCUUGCCGUCUUUUGACUUUCCUCCCCGUCCUCUCAUGUGAACCAAACCCCGGCUCUCAAACUGACUCAAUCGUUUGCUGGAACAAGUCUCGUGUAUUUCCUGUGUUGUCCAGUGUUUUAUUUAUUUUGUCAUCCUAUUUCUAUAUAUUAUAUUUUUUACAUAAGUGUUUGAUGUCCGUGGGUGAGCGCGUGAGUCGGCUGUUGCAAUGUGAUUUUAUUUAAGAAGCGUUUUGUUAUUAUUUGCCAGCGGAGCGAUUUUUCAACAAGGUCUCGUUCAGUUAUUUGUCUUGGAAACAUCUCGGAGUAUUGACUUGGGUAACACUUUAUAAUAAGGGCACGAAACACAUGCUUAAUUAAUAUGCGCAUGACUCAUGAUGGUAUAAUGGGUGAAUUAAUUCAGGGUGUAUUAUGAAAUUUGUUGCUCACCAUUAAGGAAUGACGGAGUCAGUGUGAGUUUGUGUGAUUAGGUAAAACCUAUUGGUUUCGUUAAUUAACUCCCUUCAUAUUUUGAUUUUAAUGCCACCAAAUUAGCUUUUGAGGCUAUUUUUAAAAUCAAACUGUUUGUCAGAUGAAAACAUGAACGUGUUGCUGAAAGAACCUCGAGGUAACAUGACAUGAGUCAUUCAUCCUACUUACUCUGGAAAAUUGGCUCUGGACAUUUUCUAGACUUUCACAUAAAGAACGCAGCAGGAGAUUGUGCGGGUCAGACAAAUUCACCACAACAGGAAAUUGUAUAAAUACCAUGAUGUAUAAAUACUGCUGCGGUGAUUCAUGUUUUGGUUUACCGCACAUCUACGUCACCAAAAGCUCUAGAAUGUCAUUGUCUUUCCAAGUUGACAUCUUUGUCAGCGUAUUCUACAUGAACGGCUCGUAUCCUUUCAUCCUGAGAAAUUCAUCUUAUUUCAACAACAACAAUAAAUCUAGAAGGGAUCUCGGCGAGCGCAUCCCUCCACCAAGGCUAACGUCCUAUCUCAAAAUGUUAAGGAAUCCUACAUCUGGAUCAUUCCCUCGUGGAAUGUGCUGCAACAGUAAACAGGUUCUUCCUCGACUCGAACCACACCCAUUCACCAAGUUUCAAGAAAAUCCGCUCUGCAGUUUGUGCGAGCUGAUUUUGAGCUUAAGCUCCUUGGCGGAGAUAAUUCUACAGAUAAAAUGAAGACCAAUCCCAUGCUAGCUUGUAAAUGUGACCCGGAGAAAGACGACUGGUUCUCUCAGCAACAUGUCGAUGACUUAGCUUCAUCAGUGGAUUCCAGUUAAAUGAAAAAUGAACGAGUUAAGUGAUGAUCUCUCAAGUGUGAACUAAUCACAUGAACCUGCGUGUUUGUGCCUUUAUUAUUAAUGGCCCCAUGACUUGCUUUACUCAGGAGGACGUCGAUCCUUUUCGUUUCCAUCGUGUCAGUUGAAUAUUAAUCACCAGUGUUUGGAUGCACAGUUAAUGAUUUAAUUUAUUUAAUCUUUCUUCAGAGUCUUCAUGCAGUAGAUCACUCAUAUGGAGUGUGAGACCGUUCUGAAUGUGUUUCUGUUGAAGUGCUCUAAACACUCUCUAUGUUGGAAAAACCUGAAAUCAGAUCCUCUCCCCCUGCAACGUGUUUCACUGAGCGUUCACAGCUCCCUCCUGUGGCUCCUGCUGGGUAGUUUUAGGGAGAAGCAGUCGUUUGUGCGGGUGGGUUUUCUCCUCCUUUCAUUCUCUGACUAAUGUCUGUGAGAAAACUUGCAGUGAUGGAAAAGCACAAGGUUCAGUCCCUCUGAACCUGCAGUUUAUACACACAGCAUUUCUCGCAGCAGCUUGUGUUGGCUGUGUUCAACUCUGUGUGAGGACACAGGGACAAAGUUUUAUCAGUAGUUGCUCUUAACUGUGUUUUCAAGAGCUCGGCAAGCAGCUCAAAUCUUCAGUUGUCAUCACGUCUGUCCGUAGAUAAAAGGGAAAAGCUCAACAAUGUGUAUAUUAUGUCUGUAUGGAAACCUGAAACCUGAAAGUUCAGAUCCAAACGUGGGUAUUUGAUGUCCGUUUGUACGCUUUUUUUUGUGUGUCAAUUCAGAGCGAGAGAAUAAAUUAAUUUAUAUAUUUUUUAGAAAAAUGAAAGCUGUACGAUUAUUGAGAAAAAUAAAAAAGGACUGUGGCCAAUACAGAGUCUCACCAAAAGGGAAAUAAUCUCAACGUCAGACUCAAGUCGGCAUCUGCACUCACUGCCUUAAAAACAUUCACAGGUUCUGUUUCACAGCUCCGAUCCAAGAAAAAUCACAAACAAGGCAUUUGGAGGAGGGGAAAGAAAAGACGGUGUACAGUAGACCCUUGUCAAUUUGUACAAAUAUACCAAGUGGAAAAAAAUAUUUAUUACCUGCAUUGGAAGAAAUUGUUUACUUAUUGAAUGUUACCUGUUUAUGUAGAAAAGUUUAGAUGUAAUAAAAUGCAUUCUGUUA